AUGGACCUCGAUCUUGACAGCGUCGGCGCAGCGUACUCCCGUGUCUGGCACGAGCGCCUAAAUCGAACAUUUUUGCCGCUGCUUGUGGGUCUCCUAAUUCGUCGCGAGCGUACGCGGCCCAAGGUAGAAGCAAGUGCGCGCGCUCGUUGUAUAUACGGUAUUGUCAUAGCGUCCGCGGUUCAAACACAAAGAGCAGUAUGCGUGACUUUCUCGAGGCAGUAGAUGCUUCUGGCGCUGACGCUGUGGCCAGCCAGGCUCGCGGCAGAAGGCACCGACGUAGUCCCCUACAAU